UCUCCGAUUCAGAAUAUGAUACGGCAGAUGAGCAUCCUGAUAUCUAUUUAGAAAAAAUCAAAGAUCCACAUAUGAAUAGAAUAUCAGAAGCCCAAAAAUUUAGUAAAGGCGAAGUGUGUGAUUAUUAUGCAUUUGUACCAAAAGGAUGCCAUGCCGAGAAAAAGAAUGACAUUUUAAAAACAAAGACUUCUAAUUUAGAAAAGGACUUGAAAGAAAAUAAAAAAGAGUUGGUUAUUGAAAAACAAAAAAAACAGAUUGAAGCAGCAGAAUUAGAUGCCAAAUACAAAACCCAUUAUGAAUUUAUUGGAUGUCUAGAAGAAUUAAAUGGUGAAAUAAGAGAUGAAUUGCAAGAAAUUAGUGAUAAAUUUGAGGAGCAAAAGAAAAUAAGUGAAGGGUUGCAAAAACAAAUAGACUUAGACAAAAAACCUCUACCUGAAAUACCACAAAUUUAA